AUGUCCAGCAUACCUGUACCGCAGACGGUCAAGCGCCAGCGCACUACUGCCACUAUGCCUGGUGGAGCUGGCCCGAGCAAGCUGCCUCGCACACCCGCUACAGGUCGCACCAUGCCAGCUACACGAUCCGUCAGCGCAGCAGAUGCUGGUCGAUUCGUCCCUUCCCGUCGCACUGCAACCACGACGACCACCGCCGCCUCGAUCGGGCUCACAUUGCCUCGCGCUCCCAUGACCAACACUACCAACCGACCCGGGGCGGCUGCCACAACGCGCUCGGUCAGCGCAGCAUCCAAAGUCGCUCCCACUGCUGCGGUCAGGAGAGGCGUCACAAGCGUCACUCGUCUUCGUCCCGGAACCAACGCCGCCAACGCUGCCGCCGCUGCCACUGCUCGGACUAGCAACGGCAGUGCCAACUCGGGCGACGUCGAUCCAUCGCGCAUGGAUGCUAUGGAAUCAAGACUCGCGUCCAUGGCCGAGCUGUUCGAGUUAGAGCGCCAAAAGACCGAGGAAAAGUGGUCCAAGGAGCGCACCGAUCGUCUGGCCCAAGAAGACAAAGUGCGCCAGCUCGAAGAGGACCUCAUCGAGCAGCGCAAAAUCGCACAGUCCAAGCAGGAUGAGAUCAAGCGACGACGCACCAUCGCCGACGACGAGCUGCUGCAGCUCACCGCUAAGUUCAAUCGCGAAAAGCGGCUACUCGAGUCUGAGCUCGAACAGGAGCGCGAGACGGUAGUGGCGCUCAAGGCGACGUUGAACCAGCAGAGCACGAGUCACCUGACCAUGGAGAGCACCAACACGGCGCUACGCUCGCAAGUCCAGCUGCUGCAAGACGAGAUUCAGUCCCUCCGGGCCAAGCUCGCGAGCAUGGAUGAGAACGUGGCUCAGACGAAGGAGGCGAAUCUGCAUCUGGAGAACGAGCUGCGCGAAGCAGAGUCGCUGCGCCGCAAACUGCAUAACGAGGUGCAGGAGCUGCGUGGAAACAUUCGUGUCUUCUGUCGUGUCCGCCCGCCGUCGAACAAUGAUGCUGCUAACGGGACCGAGGCGUUGGCUACGAUCCGCUUCCCAAACGAGCGCGAAGCGGCACAGAUCGAACUCCUUGCCGCAGGAGAGUCCGCAACAGGAACCGUCACGAUGCGAAACCACCUGUUCACGUUCGACCGUGUCUUCCAGCCCACCGCGUCGCAAGCCGACGUGUUCGAGGAGAUCGCACACCUCACGCAAUCCGUGCUCGACGGAUACAACACGUCCAUCUUUGCGUACGGUCAGACGGGUUCCGGUAAGACGCACACGCUUGAAGGCGCCCCGGACUCGAUCACCAACUUUGGUAGCGAUCCAGCUACCGAUGCUGGUGCAGGUCUCAUCCCGCGUGCAGUGCAGAUGCUGUGGUCAACUGCGGAAUCGCUUAAGGACAAAGGAUGGAAGUACAACUUUGAAGGCAGCAUGCUCGAGAUCUACUUGGACACCAUCAACGACCUGCUGGGCAAGACCGAGGUGGACAAAGCCAAGCACGAGAUCAAGCACGACAAGGGUCGCACCACGGUCUCGGACACUGUCGUUGUCCCGCUCGACUCGCCUGCCCAAGUAUUUGCUUUGCUCGAGAAAGCGAAACGACGACGACAGGUAGCGGCUACACUGAUGAACGAGCGCUCUUCGCGUUCGCAUUCGGUCUUCAUGCUGCGCGUCCGCGGACAGAACGCGACGACCAUGGAGGCGUGCGAUGCGGUGCUCUCGCUCGUCGAUCUCGCCGGUUCGGAGCGUCUCGCCAACAGCGGCAGCGACAAGGAUCCCAUUCGACUCAAAGAAGCGCAGAGCAUCAACAAAUCGCUCUCUUCGCUCGCAGAUGUCAUCUCGGCCCUGGGCCAGAACAAGACGGGCACCAACCACGUGCCUUACAGAAACUCGACGCUGACGUGGCUGCUCAAGAACAGUUUGGGCGGCAACUCCAAGACGCUCAUGCUGCUCGCGCUCAGCCCCAUGGCCGCGCAUCUCAACGAGAGCCUGUGCUCGUUGCGCUUCGCGACCAAGGUCAACUCGACGACGAUCGGCACGGCCAAGGCGGUCAAGUCGAUCGGCGCCUAG